UUCACCCUCAUCUUUUCCACUCCUCCGAACCACUUAUAACCCAGUCCUCACCCUCUACACCCUCCACGCACCUUCGCUCUCUUCAAUUGCCACCAUGUCCGCUCCCGCACACAAGUCCAAGGUCGCCGACAUCAGCCUCGCGGCGUUCGGUCGUCGUGAGAUCGAGUUGGCCGAGAAUGAGAUGCCUGGUCUGAUGGCCACCCGGGCCAAGUACGCUGAGGACCAGCCAUUGAAGGGUGCCCGUAUUGCCGGCUGCCUUCACAUGACCAUCCAGACCGCUGUUCUUAUCGAGACGCUCAAGUUCCUCGGUGCGGAGCUCACAUGGACCAGCUGCAACAUCUUCUCCACCCAAGAUCACGCCGCCGCGGCCAUUGCUGCUGCCGGCGUCCCUGUCUUUGCGUGGAAAGGCGAGACCGAGGAGGAGUACGAGUGGUGCUUGGAGCAGCAGCUCACGGCCUUCAAGGACGGCAAGAAGCUGAACUUGAUCCUCGACGAUGGCGGUGACCUGACUGCCUUGGUCCACAGGAAGUACCCCGAGAUGCUCAAGGACUGCUACGGUGUCUCAGAAGAGACCACCACCGGCGUGCACCACCUGUACCGGAUGCUGAAGGACAAGGAGCACGGCCUCCUCGUCCCGGCUAUCAACGUCAACGACUCCGUCACAAAGUCCAAGUUCGACAACUUGUACGGCUGCCGUGAGUCGCUUGUCGAUGGUAUCAAGCGUGCCACCGAUGUCAUGAUUGCUGGCAAGGUCGCUGUUGUUGCUGGUUUUGGUGAUGUCGGCAAGGGUUGCGCUCAGGCUCUUCACAGCAUGGGUGCCCGUGUCAUUGUCACUGAGAUUGAUCCUAUCAACGCUCUUCAGGCCGCUGUUUCCGGUUACCAGGUCACCACCAUGGAGGAAGCUGCUCCUCAGGGCCAGAUCUUUGUCACCACGACUGGCUGCAGAGACAUUCUCACCGGUGUUCACUUCGAGGCUAUGCCGAACGACGCCAUUGUUUGCAACAUUGGUCACUUCGACAUCGAAAUCGAUGUUGCGUGGUUAAAGGCAAACGCCAAGUCCGCCCAGAACAUCAAGCCCCAAGUCGACCGUUACCUGAUGAAGAACGGCCGCCACAUCAUCCUCCUCGCCGAGGGCCGUCUCGUCAACCUUGGCUGUGCCACCGGUCACUCUUCCUUCGUCAUGUCGUGCUCUUUCACCAACCAGGUUCUUGCCCAGAUCCUGCUCUUCAAGGCCAGCGACGAGGCUUUCAGCAAGAAGUACGUUGAGUUCGGCAGCACUGGCAAGCUCGACGUUGGUGUCUACGUCCUCCCCAAGAUCUUGGACGAGCAGGUUGCUCUGCUACAUCUGGACCACGUGAACGUCAAGCUAUCCAAGCUGUCUGACGUCCAGGCCGAGUACCUUGGUCUACCAGUGAACGGACCCUACAAGAGCGACAUCUACCGCUACUAAUCUCUCUUUUUCUUUCGAACAUGUGUGAAUGUUUCAACACGAGGUCAUGAACUGGGAAUGAUAUCCAAAAGUUUAUAAUUGUCUUCAACGGCAUUGUUCUCAUCCUACCAAUGGGGUGCAUAAACCGUCUUUUCUUCACAAAAGAUGGGUGGGGUUUUAGGCUAUUUCCUGGGAGCGAGUUUCCGGCGUUGCAUCCCUAGCGGCCUUUCAACCAUGGCCGUGUAGAUGAGAUGAUUCUAUAUUUUCUUCAAGGGGCUUGAAGGGGAGAUGGGAUGGUGAGAGGCGAGUUGGUGAGAAGGCGGCUGUAGAGGAUUACAUAGUGAGGGCUUGCGAGGCAGGUCUAGCGAAGAUGAAUCGAGAUGGG